UCUCUGUAGGACAGUCGACCCAAUAUGUCAAGACCUCUGAUCACUAGAUCUCCUGCAUCUCCACUGAACAACCAAGGCAUUCCUACUCCAGCACAGCUCACAAAAUCCAACGCACCCGUCCACAUUGAUGUGGGCGGCCACAUGUACACCAGCAGCCUGGCCACCCUCACCAAAUACCCCGAAUCAAGACCGUCAGAGAUCGGCACCCACGCUCAGGACUAUACUUUGUUAUAUGAAGAGGCAAAAUAUUUUCAGCUUCAGCCCAUGUUGUUGGAGAUGGAAAGAUGGAAGCAGGACAGAGAAACUGGUCGCUUUUCAAGGCCUUGUGAGUGCCUAGUGGUGCGAGUUGCCCCAGACCUCGGAGAAAGGAUCACACUCAGCGGUGACAAAUCCUUGAUAGAAGAAGUGUUUCCAGAGAUCGGCGACGUGAUGUGUAACUCUGUCAACGCAGGCUGGAAUCACGACUCAACGCAUGUCAUUAGGUUUCCACUGAACGGCUACUGUCACCUCAACUCGGUCCAGGUCCUCGAGAGGUUGCAGCAGAGGGGAUUUGAAAUCGUGGGCUCCUGUGGAGGAGGAGUAGACUCGUCUCAGUUCAGUGAGUACGUCCUGCGGCGGGAGCUGAGGCGGACGCCCCGUGUGCCCUCCGUUAUCCGGAUAAAGCAGGAGCCUCUGGACUAAAUGGACAGAUUUCUUAUGCAAAAAGGAAAAAAGAAAACCGUACACAACAAGUAACGCAAACAAAAAAAGGGACAUUUAUGUGCAGUUGGGACAGCAAACCAAGUCCUGGACCUAAAAUUGAAUAAAAAGACACAUUUAUAUCCAAUAGAGACCACACCUGUAUUCAUAUGGGAACAAUUGGAAUAGUGAUAUCCUCAAGGUGUAAAAAAAAUAUAUAAAUAUAUAUAUAUGUCAAAAGGUAGGAAAUGCAAAAAAAGGAAAAAAAAAAAAGUUUUAAAAAGGUGGUAGCUACAGUUGGUGCUGUGAUGGCCGUGAGGUGUCCCGGGCCUCCCGAGGCCCCCGACCAAUAUACAAGCCAUGAGCAAUGAGGACGCAUCUCCUUACGGUUUCCAUUGCCAACAGCCAUCCAUUGUUUCCUUUUCCUUUGUCUUUCUUUUUCCUUUUUUUUUUUUUUUUUAACACAAAACACCUUGAAUGGAGUUUAUUUGCAUACGGAGGCUUCAUGUCCUCUCUUUUAAGCGGGACCUGGCAGGACUUCAGAAAAACCCUCAUGAGCACACUGCAUUCGAAAGACAUUAGACAUUUUAAAUGUAGUUUGUACAGAAGUCACACUUUUUUGUCCGCCUUCACAGAUGUGAACAUUACUUUGUUUUUAAACUGAUCAGUUUUGCAAAGGGGCCAGAAUUAUUACUUGUUAGAGUUGCUCCAGUUUGAGUCUGCUGCUUUCCUACAAUUUUUCAAAUUUUAUAAUGUAUUAAAUACAAUAAACUCUGUUUAAAAAAUAAGGUCUGUGUGAAACACAAGUGUGGGGAUGAGGCUGUAUUAAAAUGAGAUUUUUUUUUUC